GAAGAAGACAGUGUUUGUUAAAGACAGUACACGUGCGAGGGAAAUGAUGCAAAAAUAACAAAAACAGAUAGAUAGGUACCAGUUAGUGACUGAGCCAGAGAAGAAGGAAACUACUCCCAUUCCUACUCUCUACUCUUUCCUAUUAACAUAUCAAUCCAUUCCUCUGCUUCGCAGAUCUAUCACACACCACGCCCGAUUAUUUCUAUAUAUAACUUUAACCAACAUGGAUUUCUAAUCGUUUCAUCCGAUUCGUCGCCAGAAAGAGAAAUGGCACAUCAGCGGCGGCGCCACCAUUAUUACCAACGCUUCCGUCUGAUGAUUCCGGUCAUUUCCGCCGUCGGCGCCGCGCUGCUUUUUCUCUUCGCUCUCCUUUCGUUUUUAGCUCCUUCUCCCGUCGAAACCGAUCGUAUGCACCGGAGACGCCAGCCAACUUCGAUUAACAUUCACGCGGAUGAGGCGAUUGGAAAUCAUCAUCCUGUGUUUCGCGUUCCGAGUGACGGAGGAAAGUUGGGACGUGAUAUCUGGAGCUCUCGAAAUUCAGAGCACUUCUUCGGCUGUAGCAAUUCCAGCAGCAAGUUUCAAAACGCUCAAGCGAUUACACAAUCGAAUCGAUACUUGUUGAUUGCAACAAGUGGAGGCUUGAAUCAACAAAGAACUGGGAUUACAGAUGCUGUUGUUGCUGCACGAAUUUUGAAUGCUACUCUUGUUGUUCCAAAAUUGGAUCAACGAUCUUUCUGGAAAGAUUCUAGCAACUUUUCAGAGAUCUUUGAUACUGAUUGGUUUAUAUCAUAUCUGUCAAAAGAUGUCAAAAUUAUCAAGCAACUCCCCAGUAAGGGUAGGAAAGCAUUAUCUGCAUAUAAUAUGCGAGUUCCAAGGAAGUGUAAUGAAAGGUGUUAUAUAAAUCGCAUAUUACCUGUACUCGUUAAAAAGCAUGCUGUUCAGCUGAGCAAAUUUGACUACAGGCUUGCAAACAGGUUGGAUACGGAUUAUCAGAAGUUGAGAUGUAGAGUUAAUUACCAUGCCUUAAGAUUUACCAACCCAAUACUUGCAAUGGGUGAGAAAUUGGUCCAUCGUAUGAGGAUGAGAAGCAAUCAUUAUAUUGCACUGCACCUAAGAUUUGAACCUGAUAUGCUUGCGUUUUCUGGAUGUGAUUACGGUGGAGGGGAGAAGGAGCAGAAGGAAUUGAGUGCAAUAAGGAGGAGGUGGAAGACAUUACAUAGAAGCAAUCCUGAUAGGGCAAGGAGGCAGGGAAGAUGCCCAUUAACCCCCGAAGAAGUUGGUCUCAUGCUAAGAGCAUUGGGAUAUGGUUCUGAUGUUCAUAUUUAUGUUGCAUCAGGGGAAGUAUAUGGAGGGGAAAGAACAUUGGCACCUCUAAAAGCAUUAUUCCCUAAUUUCCAUUCAAAAGAGACCAUUACUACUAAGGAAGAGUUGGAACCAUUUUCUUCAUUUUCUUCUCGCAUGGCUGCACUUGACUUCAUUGUCUGUGAUGAAAGUGAUGUAUUUGUAACGAAUAAUAAUGGAAAUAUGGCAAAAAUAUUAGCCGGGCGAAGGAGAUACUUUGGGCAUAAACCAACCAUUCGUCCAAAUGCUAAAAAACUCUAUCGAUUAUUCUUGAAUAGAAGUAAUUCAACUUGGGAAGUUUUUGCUUCUAGUGUCCGUAAUUUCCAGAGAGGUUUCAUGGGGGAGCCAAAGGAGGUUAGACCAGGUAGAGGCGGGUUUCAUGAGAAUCCAUCGACCUGCAUAUGUGAAGAUUCUGCAGCCAAAGUCGACAAAAAUUCAGGACCUAGAAAAUAUGGGAAGGAUAAUUCAACGAAGAAAAAUGUGGCAAAUGAUGAACCGGUUGUUGACAAUGAGUCUGAAUGGCCAGACAUGGAUGAGGAUGAUGAACAGAAUGAUUUGACAGAGAAGGGUGCGUUCAAUGAAACAACUGCAGACUACGAAGCUCUGAACUUUGAGGAUCCUGAUUUGGAGGAAUUUAUAUCAGAUUAGUGAAAGCCGCAUUAUUAAGUGCUGAUGUACCUGCUGACUCAUUAUGGUUCUUUGCCUUCAUCACGUUCCCUUGAGCAGAUGCUGCUAGAUUUGACUGUUAUAAAAGCCCCAAAAACAGGAAACAGAAAAGGCACUCCUUUCUCAAUACUGGACGAACUAUAGUAAAAAGACAUCUAAAAAAUAUAAUCAUACGAUCAUCUUCUGCAUUUCUAAGGACAUAAUGGCCUCAGUUUGAUGCUGAAUUUGGGGGUGUUCGGGCUUGUACUUGAAUCAGUAAAGAGGUAACGAGAAGUGAGCAAUGGGAAUAGAGUUGGAGGACAACCAUCCGACAUAUAACUGCACACAAAAUUGAGUUUGCUAGGAAGUAGUAUGAAAAUCUGUAUAUCUUGAGGAAAACCGUCGCAGUUGAUACUUGCACCGUCGUUCUUGUCUCCCUUUUACAUUGAUGCAGACCACCUCACUAUUAGAAGCAAUUAGGUGCCAACUAUAUUUUUUGCGCCUAAAGGGAACAUAGUAAAAGUGAUGGCCUGAUGGGUUACUUAGCCUGUUUUAUGAACAUGGAUAAAUUCUUCCAUACGAGUAGUCACAAUGAAAAGUAGAUUUUAUUUCACAAAUUUGUGCUUGGUGGAAUAUGUUGACAUUGUCAAUGUACUCUCUUCGUUUGGAGGAAUUAGAGAAAACAGUAUAUUGAAGAUAUUUGUCUAUAUAUUCAACUCUAGUCCCUGUCUGUGAUUGUGAACAGCGAAAACUUAUGUCAGGCAGUUUGGAA